GCACUGCGUGCCCGCUCUUGCCGCCGCCGCGGGCGGGACUCUGCGGGCGGGGGCUCGGCGGGGAAGGGGCCGGGGCGCGGCGGGAGCCCCAUUGGCUCUCCCCGGCGGCACAUGUCCCCAGCCCCGCUAUAAAGGCGGCUGCGGCCCCGCUGCUGCCCGUCCUUCUGCUUCUUAGCUUUACAGGGGACGCCGUCACCGCCGCCGUCAUCGCCAUGGCCAUCGACGCGUUUUUAGGCAAAUGGUGCCUGGUCUCCAGCGAGGGCUUUGAGGAGUACAUGAAGGAGCUGGGUGUGGGUAUGGCCAUGAGAAAAAUGGGAAGUAUGGCGAAACCAGAUGUUUACAUCAUUAAGGACGGGGAUACAAUCACUGUGAAAACAGAAAGCACCUUCAAAACUUCACAGUUCAGCUUCAAGAUUGGUGAGAAGUUUGAAGAAAACACAUUAGAUGGCAGAAAAACUCAGACACUUGUCAGCUUAAAAGAUGAUGGGUCAUUGAUCCAGGAGCAAGAAUGGGAUGGCAAGAAGACCAUAAUAACACGGAAACUUGUGGAUGGACAGUUGGUGGUGGAAUGUGACAUGAAUGGUGUCAAGUGCGUUAGAGUCUACCAGAAGGCAUGAGGACGUCUUCGGAUUCAGUAGGAACUUGCUACAAACAACUCAGUCCAGUGGACAGAGCUCCUCUACACUCCAUCAUUUCCUUUUCCCUGUUUUCUAGUAUUUCAAUGGACUGAGUAGCUGAGUGCAAUCCUUUUUAAAAGCCGUGAUGUAACUAUUAUGUAACUAUUCUGAACUUAUGAGGCUAUUAAAUAAAAUUUUCAAAUAUAUUAAGUGCAAAUGUUGUUACUGUAGUAUAAUUUUAAAGUGAGGCUUUCUAAUAGCUCGGUUUGGUUUUAGGCUCUGCUACAAACCGCCUUCUCUUCAAGAUAAUGCAAAUAAUGGUAAUGAACAGUUAAUAGUGGACUAAAUUUUAACGAGCCUUCUCAUCUUAAAUGGCUAAGGUAGUAAAAUCUGAAACAGGAAGGGAAACAUUCUAAGUUCAGGCCCUACAGUUGUUUCUAUCUUAUACCUUACAAAGUAAACAGAAUGCACUGGUAUAAAUAAGAUAAACCUUGUUGGCCUAUAGAUAGAGGAAUGUAUUUUCAGGGAUUGGUUUGUGUUUUUUUUCCAUGUUUGAAACCCACAACUUUCUUAUCUGAAAAAAAUAGAUACACUAGUGAACCAAUAGACAUGAUAACUUAAGUAAACAUGUAAGUACUUUGCUUCAAGAAGGCCUUAAUUUGAGUGUGCUCUCUGUUUUCCUAGCAAAAUUCAUAUCUCCUGCCAAGUAACGUUCUAAAACCUCUUAACCAGAACCUGCUGAAAUACUGCCUAAAACUUAAAGCCUCAUUUUAUUUUUUAUGAACUGACUUGAAACACCUACAAAUUGAGUUUAUAUGCUUUAAAGUGCCACAAUAAAUACUCAGAAAUA